GUGGGUUGACAUCUCGGAGCACGUAUAAUACAACUUGGUUUAUAUAUAGGAUGUUCGUCUUAUUGGGCGAAUUAAAUUUUUGGACUUUUGAUAAUGACGUCAGUAUUAAGGAAACCGAUUUUGGAGCAUUCAGUUAUCAUGACAAAAAAAUCGAAAAUGUAUAUGAAGAGGGAAAAAUGUCUUACGCUAAAAAGCGUGGAAUGGUCUAUAUUCCACAGAAUAAAAAAGGAAAUAAAAUGAAAGAUUCUAUAAAAUAUUUAGAAGAACAAUUGAAUGAGUACUCUACUGUAUAUUGUCAAUGGUUUGAUUAUUGCACAAUGCAACUUAUGUUGAGUUCUGGUCUUUUAGUAUAUAUUCAAGUAAAUCUCACCUCUGGUGAUAUUCAAAAAAUUGUAUUUGAUAAAUAUUUAGUUGGAAAAUUGUCUGAUCGCUUAUCUGAUGCUGUUAUAACUAAAAAUUAUUUAAUUUGCACAUAUAAUGACUGUCAAGUGACUUUGGUAAACUUUUUGAAACCAAAGAAAAAUAUUUUUGAAAAAAUUAGUCAUCUGGAUCCAAAGCUAUCAACAUUUGAUUUAUGUGGACCUAGUGGACGCCGCUUGGGAAAAAAAAUAGAACAUAAUAAAACAGAAGAUUUGAUCUUGAUCUGGUGGAAAUCUACAAUGAAUGAAGUGUAUCCAUGGAGUCCAACAGUAAAAGAACAUGAUCGGGCUAAUGUCCACCUUUAUAGACUCACUGGUAAAAAUUUGGAAUUGCUCUGCUAUCUUAGAACAGAGUUUGAUCCUUUAUGUUUGCUAUUCAAUACCAUUUACAACAAUGUCAUCCAUUCUUUGGAACAGAAAGUAUCUCGCAAAGGAGAAGUUACAGUUGAGUGGAGAACAUAUGAAGUCUCACAAAAUGAUAAACUACAAAGAAUAGCAGUAGUAUCUAUACCACUACCAACACAUACCAGUUGCGUGAGAUUUUCACCUAAUCAAGACAUACUGUUAUUAUGUUGUAUUGACGGAUCUAUCACGCUUCAUGAUCAAGUAAAAGGCACAAAUAAUAGUAUAAAAGCAGCUUUCAUACCUACUUUGGCAUGUUGGCACACUGAUGGAAAUAUAUUUGCUAUUGGCAACGAACGCGGACAGAUUCAAAAUUUUGAUUUAGCAUUAAAUUCUAUAAAAAUACAAAUGUUAAGUGAGGAUAUUGCACCUGCUAACAUUGUAGACUUAUCUUCAUAUUUUAGGACGCAACCGGCUCUUAUGCGACUGGAGUGGUGUAAAAAAAAUGAACCAAAUGCUUUCGUAGAUUACUACAACCACGGAGAUGCGCUAUUCUUAUUACUAUUUGAAAGAGGCCCUGUUGCCAUUAUUAGAGUGGUUGAAGGAGCUAACUUUUCUGGAGAUAUCUUGGUGCAAAGAUACUUGACUUUAUCUCAAGUACAACAAGCAACUUGCCUCCUUCUUGCAAUGAACUGGGAUAUGAGCCCACGUGUUUGCAUGCACUCUUUGAAUCAAAUAGUUAAUUAUUUAUUUAAACAACCUUUAACGCCAGAUCGAGAGAAUCUUAUUCAAAAUGCAUUGGGAAGUUUUCAUGUCCCAGUAAAACCUUUGAACCAAUUAGUUAUCGAUGAAUAUGGCGAUGAAGUAAGAGAUUUGACUAGAAGAUUUUUUCAUCACCUUUUAAGAUACAGAAUGUUUGAAAAAGCAUUUCGUUUGGCAAUUGACUUGAACGAUCAUGAUCUUUUUAUGGACAUACAUUUUUAUGCAGUAGUACUAAAAGAUACACAAAUGGCAGUAGCUGCCAAAGAAAAAGCACAAGAAAUAAUAAGUAGAUGUAACAGUUGUAGCAGUUCACAUUCUAUUUGCUCCCGACCUUCAUGCUCACUUUGUUCAGAUUCUGGGAGUGAAAAAGAUGAGUCUUAUUCUGAAGAUUCUGAAAGUGAAGAUAUAUCAAAAAAGGAAAAGAUUCACUUUAAGGGUCCUUCAAAACAUAAGUAUUCUAGAAAUUCUCACAUUCGAGCUCCACCACUUCCUAUUCUUUAUCCUUCUAUUUACGAUAAUAGCGGUCUAAUGUCCACGCCUUGUCAUGAGCUUUGUAAGACUGAAACUAAUUUAAUGUCCACAUCUUUCAAUGUAUCAAACUACAAUAAUCCUCCAACUUCUUACAACUACUCUAUACCUAAUGUCAUUCCGAACACCUACUUGACCACAGUGCCUCAUGAAAAGCCAACUGCCUUCAGGUCAUUAACAAAUCCAGGAUACACACAGGCAAUGAGAAGUUAUGACAGUUUGCUAUCUCCGUUUAAAAGUCUUUCGAUUGCUAAUCAAUUGACCCCCAGUGAAGCCCAAUCAUCACUGAAUAGCAUGUCUUUAGAAAAUAUUGCAAAUUCGUAUCAAGUCGACAAUGUUACAGCUGAUAUUUAUACUAGUGCAGAAAUGGAACCGAGACCUUUGGAUGUCCAAUUGAUCUUAACGUCUUCCAUAGACAGUAUAAGUACUAAUGUAAUGACCACGUCUUUUAGUAAUAGGUUGUCAAACGUAAUUCCUACUUCGCACAACAAUUCUCACCUUAAUGCAAAUUUGGAUAAAAAUGAUGCAAAGUUAAGUGGAAUAUUAAUGCCGAGAAGUUCAAAAUCUUUUCAUUCUCAAUUGUCCAGUUCUGUGCAAUCAAUUAAUAUGGGAAUACAAACGAAACCCGUCAUAUCAUUAGCUGAACCAUUAGCCCUUUUUAAUUCGGGUAGUAAUCUCAUGUCGACUUCAUUUAAUGGACCUGACGAUCCUAAUGAUGACACUAACUCAAAUUCAUGUGAAAGUAGUACAAAUAGUAAUUCAACCUCUAACCAAAUACAUUCCAUAGGGAUACCGCCACCACCACCAUUAAUAACUGAUUCUUUAGCUAAUUACAUCCAUAAUUUGCCAAAAAAAAAUUAUGGAAUAUCUAAGAGUAGUCCUGGUUUAUCAGACAUUGAUAAUUCACUUUCAAAACUCCAGUAUACUAAACCAGUAAAUACAAUCCCUAACUUUUUACAUCAACAAAAUUCAAUUACAAAUAUUUUACAAAACCAUAAAAAAAAUAUUAAUUUACAAUCAACUCGUAAAUAUCGACUAGAUUACGAUCUCGAUUAUGUAUCUUUCCAUAAUAGUUGCGAUAAUCUCAGUACUCCACAUUCCAGUGUAAAUCACACAAAAUCAAACAGUUAUAACAAUACAUCGAAAUAUGAAAGUAGGUCGUUUAAAUUAGCUUUUACGCAUAGUAAUAUAAAUGGUAUCCCCAAUCGGGAACAUAAGUUGUCUUCCAACAUACCACCACUACCUAUUAUAAAUGACACUCCUUGUCCAGCUGAAAUCAACCCCUCCUCAUCUAUCACAACCGAAGUUUCAUCAGUUAUUACAGAGAAGCCAAAAGUUAAAUUUUCUGAUACCGUUACACAUAUAUUAGUACCUAAUUCCUGCUCAACAAAUCGUCCUAUUCAGAAAAAAUCUGUAACUCAAGCGCAUUCAAUGGAUCCAAAACGUGAGUUGGCUGAAAGCUUACCACUUUGUUUAGGCAAUGAAGAUUAUUUGAAGGAUUUCCAACCACUGUCAAAAGAUGGAUGUGGUGAAACGAAAAAUUCUCUUAAAAAACCGGAACCUGCCAAAAUCAAAGUAGUUCAUUUUGGUCUUCUAUAGUAUUAAACUGGUGCAAAGCAAUUACUAUUACAAUAAAGUAAAGCAGAACUUUCGUU